UAGACAGACACACACACACACUCUCUCUCUCUCUUUCCGUCUGUCUUUCUUUCUACCUCUCAGUCUGUGAUAAUGGAGCCCAGCAGUCCGAAGAAGAUCCAGUUUGCUGUGCCUCCUCUGCAGGGACAGCUGGACCCACAGGCCGCCGAACAUAUCCGCCGCAGACGACCGACUCCUGCGACUCUGCAGAUCUACAGACAACCUGGCACAGAUGUUGGAGAUCAGAACAACGCCAGCGGAGAAUCACAGGAGUCAGAUUCGUCUCAGAGGAAGCAGAGCACCUUCGCCCCCCCCACCAUGAAAGAGCUUCAGCUGGGGGUGGAGCAACAUCUCCUGGGGGCGGGGCUGAGCGAGACGGACGGUGGCCAGCUGAGCCCAAUCACAGCGCAGCUCUAUGCCACCGGUCCUCUGUGGGCCAAUCACAACGGGCCAGAGGAAGCCAACGGGAACGAGGUGCCGUUAGCCAAUCAGGAGAGAGGAGUGGCCGAGAGCAACAGUUUAGGGGGGAAACUGGAUAGUGCUGUGCCCGAGGAGGAAGAGGAGGAGAACAUCCCUCAGGACGACUGA